ACACACGCACAGACGCGCGCGCGCGCCUCCUGUCAUUCUGUAAUCGCAGACGCUCGUGAACGCUCGGGAUCUGUGCGCCUCUGUGUGAAGUUUGCACACACGACCCCGGAGAAAAGAAAAAAUAAAACCUUCCUUCUUCAUCUCCUUCAGGCGAUUAACAUCAGUCUGUUUAGCAGGCUCGGAGAAAAGAGGUCACUUUUACAGUUUCACCGCAGCACACAACACAGGCCUGAGCUGUAGGACAUCAUGACAGAAGUAAUGAACACCUGUGAAUCAGCUGUGGGGGACUACAGUGCAUCUGGAGACCAGAAGAUCGGUUUUCAGAUUUUCCCAGAAUCACACGAGCGAUACCCGAAGCUAUCCAAGCGCUUGCCGUCCAUCGUGGUGGAGCCCACCGAGACUGGAGAUGUGGAGAGCGGGGAGUUGCGAUGGCCUCCUGAUGACUUGAGCCCUACAGAUGAAACCAGAGCUCCUCCGGCACAGGCAGCAGGUGAGGAUCCGACAGCAGAGGCGGAGGAAGCUGGUAGAGUCGCAGCGAACUGAUGAGCACUGACUGGCACCAAUCCAACCUAUAACUAUGAAUGUCUUAAUGAUGGACAAGAAUGAGCAGGAGGCUCCUACAGUUAGGUCUGACUACAGUAUCACCCGCAAUAGAGCCACCCACCUGUUGAUAGACCUUCCAAUCCAGUAGGGGGAGCUGAGGCUUGAGAGACUUUCCUGAAAUAACUUGCGUGCCAAACUCUAGUGGUAGCCAGCUACUGUGAUUGAAUUGUACCUUCUUCUUUCCCAUAGCAUUAUGAUUCAUCUCUAAUUCUCUACCUGUUUUUAAGUGAUUUGGACCAAAGUUAAUUAUUAAAUAGAGCUGGAAUAUUUGAAGUUAUUGAUCUAUCACUCACCUAUCUACAAAGCUUAUCAUUUUCAAACAAUGUACAUGCUUAAUUUUUCUGCAGUAGAAGUUCUUAACAGAUAUAUACACGACUUUCGAAAUGUACAGUAGAUUAUAUUUUAUAGUGUGUUCUCAUAUAUUCAGCUCAAUUUACAGCGGCUUUCAAUUAAAAAAGUGCUCCAUUUGGAAAGCAGCGGCCCGAGUAACUGUAUCCUCACUUGGCUGUAUUUUAAUCAGAAAGGAAACCUGGCAGAAAUCCGGGCUGGGAUCGUCAUUCAAUAUCAUAAUACAUCAUUAGUAUUCUCUGGAUAACGGCUAGCUGGCUAACUAAGCUAGUUAUAAGUUAGUCGCAUAACGUAGCUCCGUAAACCGAGGCUGCAUCAUGCUAGCUAGUUGAUUUGAACCAUCUUCUGAAAGGCUCUAAGCACAAAUGACUGUUAUAUCUGUGUGAGCAAAAGCCUAAUAAUUGUUAGCUAUCUACGAAACUAAUGAAAAAGUUACCUACAUCUGUAAAUAGACUUCUCCAUCGGAUUGACAGUUUGGUUCAUCGUGCCUUCUGUCUGUCGUGUCCUAAGAAAAAUAUUGUGGAAUUGGUGAAAAAAAAGCAUGCUGCAUUGCCUUUAAUUACGGCCAACUUAGUCACCUUAGUGUACAGCUGUAUAGGACACUCUUUAUCUAGAGAGCAUGUUAAUGUUGCCCAGAAUUAUUGUGUAAUAUAUCCAGGGAGCAGCUGUCUGGAUGAAACACAGAAAACAAGCUUGUACGUGUUGCUUUUUCUUUCUUUCAUUCUUUCUUAAUUUUUGAACUAUUAUUUGUUCUGUCUAUCAUAUUACUGCUUCAUGCACAAAGAUGUUGUUUUGAACAUGUUAUAUUAUGUAUAAUUGCAUUUACCUAACUCCAAUAAUUCUCAUUUCUUUAACCCACAGUCACAUGGACCAAAAACAAACCCCUUUAAAAUAAAAUAUCUAGGGAAAAAAAUGGCAGGAAUGUCCAGUUAGUUUAAAAACAUGACAAACUUUUUUUUUUUGCUCACUUUUUAGUGGCUUGCUUGAACUCCUAUUAAAAGCAUUUAUGUUAAGAUCAGAAAUGGCAGUGCCUUUCUUCCGACAGAUGUCAGGUGUGAGAUGAUAGGGGUAUCGGAUUGAGAUAGUGGUGACACGAGCAGCGAGCCUGGCGACACACACUCCACAGCAGCUGUCGGUGUCCGAAGUCUGCCAGCUGUCCAUUUCACAGUCAAAAUGCCCGUCCUUGCUAUGCCACUGUAAUCUUGGCUUAAAGGAAUACCAGUGAGAUGGUGUAAUGAAGAUAAUGGGUGCUUGCUAUUUAUCUAAACUUUGUCUAAAUUGGGUUGUUUCAUUUAUCUCUAAGAAGUGGUCCAUAAUUGUAUUUGUUUCAAAGCUGAAUUCUUAGCUGUACCGCUUCACAGUCACUCUCCUUUCUUCUCGGGCACUGGAAGGAUACCGUAGACGGCUGUCACUUAGAUUUAUUCCUCGUGGAUAGAGACUCUUCGGCAGCAGCGCCCUAAAACACACACAGGUGACUCUGGGGAAAUAAGGCGCUACCAAGUUGAGUCACAUAGUGCCCGAGCUGUGAGUUGACAGCCACAAGAUGAUUUUCACUUCUUCUCUAGAAGAGAACUUUCCCAUCAGUGUGACCUUUUUUUUGAUAGAGCAGGUACUGAAAAUAAACAUGAUGCUCCCAUAGGGAACAGGAGUCAGAAGCCUUGCGUGUGGAGAAGCACUGCUCUUCUCCUGUCACUGGCUCACCCAGACUGCUCACAUGAGUCGGGCUCUGAUUUCUGAGUGCUCCUACACAUGCUCGCUCACCCACCACCUACACACACACACAUAUACACACAUAUACACACAUAUACACUUAAACACCCACGCUUGCUCAACCCCACAUACAGUAUAUGCACACCUACAUGGAGACAUUCACAAUGCCUUACUCAGAAUCCCCCCUCUACAUCACAUACACACCUACACACUGCAUACUGCAAAACCUCUAUGUACAGACAGACAGUCCCACACACACUCAAGUUCUAUUCCAGGUUUGAUAAUGUAAAAAAAAAAAAAAAAAAAGUAGGCGGACACUUCAGCUUGUUUUCUCUGUCAUUCGCAUAUUGUAAGGAGGACUUCCAAGGCCAAGCGAAGGUAUAAAUACUCCCAGUUGUUUGCAGUGAUUUGUCAGCCCCCAUCUGUUCUUAAAUUAGCCCAGCAUUUCAGGCUCCCUAGGUCUGUCUUUCACUUCGACACAACUCUUUUGAUGCGGUGGAGCAAGGAUUUUCAAACCCACGCCCGGUGAGACGUGGAGCUCUGUUUCCUAUUGUGCCAAUCAGGCCUGGCAGCAGGAAGUAAGUCCCUCUAGCUCUCUCUAAAGCGCAUACUACCUGGCCUUUUCACUCUCCCACACUAGCCACCUCCAUUUUCAUCUCUUCAUUAAGACUCUCUCUGACUCCCUCAAAGCAGAGCAGGAACGAACUCUCUCGCAUGUUCACACGCUCUCUUUUGUCCGCUGGAGAGCCCUUCUAAUGCACUCAUCUUCUGGCGUCACUUUGUGUUGCCACAGCAACCAAAUUGUCAUCCGAGCAUCGGCGUGUCUCACUAGUGGCAGCUCUCAGCAGAGCACUUAGCCUGCCUGCUCCUCUUAGAUUCGGACUGUUAUUGAAACAGAACCCAUGUGUCUUGUCACAUUAGCACUGCUAAUAUUCGGUAGUGAGGAAAAAAAUGACUCUUCGAUUGUAGUCUCAGAAAUCCCCCCCCUCCCUUUUUUUUAACUUCACUGAAAUCAGAAUAUUUAGUCAGAGAGAGAGAGAAAGAAGCAAACUCCUAGUGAUGUCUGGUGAAAUGUGUGCACUUCAUGCUUGCAUCUGUGGAAGCAGUGAUUUCAGUUGUAAGGAAAGAGCGAGGAACGAAACACUUCCAUACUCCACUGCUUACUGCUUCGCCUGCUGCUUUCACAUACCCACACAUAGCUAGGCUAUGAGCUGCCUGUCUCCUGUUUUCAGUUUUUAAUUGCUUCUCUUAUGUAACAUAGUUUGAAAAUUCUCAUCUAUCUGUAACAAGGGAUCAGAAAAAAAAUAAACAUGCUUUAAAAAUGCUUUAUUGUAAGAGUGACACUUAGUAUUGUGCGUGUGUGUAUGUGUGUGUGUUUGUGUGUGUGUGUGUUUGUGUGUGUGUGUGUUUGUGUGUGUGUCUGUGUGUGUGUGUAUGUGUGUGUGUGUGUGUGUGUGAAUCUUAGCAAGUGAGAAUUUCCUAAAUAAGGGACAUCUAACAUUUGUCAUUAUGAAAUUAUUACAUAACAAUUUUUCAAUUUUGAGGAUAAUACUCUUAAGCUGUCUGGUAGAUCAUUGUCUUCUUUUUAGAAAUGAAAACGAAUAAAAAUAAAUCAUUUAAAAAAUAAAAUAAUUUAGCAAAAAAAAAAAAAAAAGCAGAAUUAUUUGCCAAUAGAGUAAACAACUGAAAUCUUGAGAUAAGUAAAAAUUAAAAUCUUCAUAAAAACGAAAUAUAUUUGCCUGUCAAUUGCUAAUAUAUUAUUUUGGAGUGAUCAAAGUCCACCUGCAUUAUCCAUGCUGUCCUCCCCUCAAAUAUGUAUCAUGUUUAAGUAGGCACCAUACGAUCCUCCAAAUGAAUAUGAAUCAUUUUAAAAGACAUAUACUCUGGAGCAUAUCAAUCCAUCCGCAAACACUCUGAAUAGCGACUGUGCUCCCUGUGGCCCUGAUUGGGACAGUUUACCUGCAGAGACUUUACAGCUGGUAAUUAGAUGACUCCUACUCAUGACACUUAAGAGGGAAUUUCACAGAAUAAUUUACCACAUCUUAGAUGUGAGAGAGAGAGAGAGAGAACAAGAGACAGAGACGGAGAGACAAAGAAUUGUAGUGAAAGAGAUGGACUGGGUGGGUGGAACAGAGUUUGCUGUGAGAAAGUUCAAAGAAAGCUUGUGAAAUUGAUGCCAUUCUUUGUUCUGUUUCUAAAGAGGAAGAAAUAAAUAACCCAAGGAAAAGGUCAGGUUUAAAAUGAUUUCACUAUUAUUUUUGCUUGAAGAAAUCAUACAGUUUGAUCUGAUAUUGUAAAGUUAACUGCCUUCUAUUGUACAGCACGUCUUUAAUCUUCUUAUAGUUACUGAUGGGCGGAAAGAAAGAAGUUGUCACUGUAGGAAAGCACUCGUUUCUUGUGAUGGAUAUGAAUGUGUGCUUUUCUGCAGCCACACAGGCGCUCUCUAUACACAUAUAUAUAUAUAUAUUCAGCUAAAUCUAGUGAAAUAUAUUGGUUAUGUUGGUGUGUAUCGGGGAGGUUCUUUUUCUUCCUGCGACUGUAGUGGUGUGUGGUGCACUGCCCCACAGAGAUCAGAGCCUGCAUACUGAGUCAAAGUUCACCCUGCCUCCCUGCUAGCCGCCCAGCUGCCAUACUAAAAUAACAGUUGAUAUUUGCGGUGGAAAUGUCAAACCCAGUUGUUUCUUCCAGCUGAGAUGAGCCCCAACUGGGUCUCAUGUGCGCACACACACACACACACACAAAUAUGCAUACACACUCCCCCAUAGAAAACUGCUGAGGGCAUUAUGUAAUGGCUGUCUGGGCAUGUCGCAAUGUUCUGCAACAUUCACCAGGGUCCUUCCCCAAUACAAGUGUAGGCAAGGUGAUUAUGUAGCUGUAAAGUCAGCUGUAGCUGUAAAAUACAGUCAGUGUACUUUUCCAUUCGGAAAAAUGAUCUUAAAAAGCUUUGAGUGGAUGCUGUAAAUUGUUUCUGUACUAGUUGAAAGUCAAUAUAUAAACGCUAACGUAAGUGUUCACUAUGUUCAUAAGUGUUCGUAUGUGUCACUUUGUAGACAUUAAAACUUGAUUGAUUUUUUUUCUUUCGUUUUUUCAAAGAAAUGUAUUCAAUUUCAUCUCCUCCCACACUAAAUUCUUCACACCUGACUAUUUGGCAAGGUAUGAGCCAACUACUGUGUAAAUAAACAUUGCGGUUUGUCAUUGAACAAU